AUGGAUAAACAAGGUGUAACAAGGUCAGUUUGCGGUGUUGAAAGCGUUCCUCCGGCUUUUUACAGCAUCGUUAGUUUGACACGUCUUCGUCGCGGCCCUGGUGACCUCCAAGCGCAAUUUCUGCCUCCACCUCGACUGAGAGGUCCUGUAGGCUCCAUGGCACCCCUUGGAUAUCAACCAGGAAGACUGAUGGCUCACUUGGUGACCUCCUUCGUUGAGCCGGGAAAGGCUGAGGGGGCCGGCAUGGCGAUGAAGCCGGAUCCAGUCGCAGACAGUUUGCCACUGGACAUCCAUGUGAUCAUCAAGAAGGCAUCAGGUGGAAUCGGUGGGGUGCAAGUGACCAAGCCGUCAGCGGUUGGAGGCCUGAAUCCAGAAGUGGCAGCCGUCGCGGCUGGAGCGCCCAAGGCAGCCAAGGCAGCCAUGUGCACACUGGCCCCCAGGUAUGUUUUGCCGCAGCACGGAGGUAGAAGGCGGCCAAAUGUAUCGCUUGCUCAGUUCCUUUAA